AUGGUGUUUGCUGUGGUUUUGUUCUUUGUCGGUCUGGCAUAUGCGGGCUCAACAAGGUUUCAGGACACCAGUAUACACUCUAGAGACUUUUCAAAACCUGCCGUUGACUAUUUUCUUUGCCGACACUGUGGUACAGAUAUUUCACCGGUCCAAUCACUUAUAUCAAUUGAUAGUCCAGCUGCUUUACAAAGCCAAACAUAUCAAUUAUUUGGUUUAAAUGAUGUCCAAGUCCAAACUGUUAAGAAUACAUUGAACUUCCAAUUUCAAAUUAUUAUAUUAAAAAAAACUUUGUGUGUUGGUAAAGGCAAUGUGAGUCAUAAUGUUAAAAUGUAUUUAGAUAUAUAUAAUUUUUUUGAAAUUGAAGUCUUAAUAUUUUUAAAAUGCUUAUGCUCGGUUGCACCAAAUUUGUUGUUAUUUAUUUAUAAAUUUAUUGUUAAAUAUUUAUAUAAUGAUAACUUAAUGGUUGAUAGAUUAAAAUUUCAACACGUGUUAAAUUUACGAGUAAUGCUCAAUCAUUGUUUUAUAUUCAAUUUAUUACUAGAAUACUGGUUAACAAAUAAACAGUUUCACUGUACCAAUGAGUAGAAGUAACGCAAAACAUUGAUAACACAAUUUACCUAUACAUACAUUUUUACACAAUGGUAAAUAAAGUAUACUUGAUAAAGUACAUUUUUUCAACAAAAAAAAUUUAAAACUUGGCUUAUGCAACAGAAUUUAUUUAAACUCCAGAUAAAUGAGCUUAUAAAGAUAUAUAUUUGGUGCAACCCGGCAUUGGUAUAAUAUUUAAUUAGUAGUAUUUUAAUUAAUUUUUUUUAUGAAUAAAGAAAGACUUCAAUUGGUUUUAAAAAUAUUGACUUAGAUUUACAAAAUCUUUUUAGAUUCACCAUUGAUUUUUAUACUGCCUAUUCCUAAAUAAUAUUUAAAAAAAAAAAAAAAUUAUAAUUUUAUAAAAAAUAAAUAUAUAUAACAUUACAUAAUAUUAUAUUUGCAUUAGUUACCAAACCAAUAUAUAGGAUAUGAUAUAAACCAUAGGAUUAUAAUAUUUCUACUACCUACUGUAUUAUAAAUAUAUUUAACAAUAAACAAAUUUUAUUAAUUAAUGAAAUACUUUUAUAGAUCUGUAUAGAUUUUUGUUUUACCUACUAUUAAUUGUUAUUAAUAAUUAAAUAAGUAUAAAAUUAUAUAUAUAUAUAUGUUUUAUAUUAUAGUGGCAGUCUGAAGAUUCUUGGUAUCCUGGAUACGUGUGGAAAGUUUGUGUAUGUGCUCAAUGUGGACGUCAUAUUGGAUGGUAUGUAUUAAGUGUUUAUAGUAACUCAGUUAGUAGACAGAUUUGGAAUAAGGGGAAGUAUGUAAAGUUGAAUUGUUUUUAUUGAUUAUUUUUUGAUAACCUAAUUUAAUAUCAUUAAAAUAAUUGAAUGAUAAUUUUAAUUUUUAAAAAAUAUGUUAAUAUAAAAUAAACUAUCUAAGUAUUAUUUUAAGAUAAUAUGUUCCUUAAUUUAAUCAAAUUAACAAAUCAAUGAUCAUUUAUAUGACAAAUUGUAACUUUUUUUAUUUUAAUAAAUUAUUAUACUUUAGGAUGUUUGAACCUUUGCACUUGGCAACUAAUGAUAGAAUAUAUCCAUCACAAGAAGGUUUUUAUGCUGUCAUCAUCUCGAGUAUAAUUAAUGAAUUCUGUAAGUUUAACAUUUAAUUAUGAUUUAUUAUAUUUUUAUAAAGUUUGUUUGAACAAUUAUUGACAAUUCCACAUUGGAUAUAGACAAUAUUAUAGUUGAUAACUUAAGGUCUUCGAUUUUUUUUUUUUUUUGAUUAUGUAAAUUAUAGUAGUUAUAAAAUUUUUUUUUCUAAACAAUGUGUAAUUAUAUAUUCAAAUACCAAAUGAUAACAUCUGUCAUAAACCACUAAGCAACUGACUAGUGAUCAUAAUCUAAAGAUAAAUCUAUAAUAUUAUUAUAUUAAUCAAUAAUUUGGUGGGUACUCAAUACUCAGCAUACGAAUAUACUAUUGAUCAAGAUUCUUAAUAUCUAGGUUCUUUAAAUAAUUCCAUCAAAUGUCAAUAAUCUAUAGUUGAGAGUAAUUUUGCUCUAAGAUUAAUUUAUCCAGUAGAACAUUUAUACUUCACUUAAAUAAAUAUAUAAUUAAAACAUAUUUAACAUAUUUAUGUUGAAGUAAUACAGGGUGUCCCAUAAUGUUCUAUGGUUUUUUACUAUAGUUCUAAUCUAAGAGUACUAAUCAGUUUGUUUUUCAACAUUUAAAUUUUUAAGUGAGAUUAAAGCGCUUAAACUGUGAUGUUUCACAUACUCAUGGUAAUAAUGUGUCAAAAAUAGUUCAUAUUAAUUGAUUAAUGUAUCAUGGAAAUAAAAUUAAAGAUUGCUUAAGGGAAAACAGCAUUCAUGAAAAAUAGAAACUUACUGUGUUCUACAAACAUAAGCUUACGAGUGAGAAAAUAGCUAAUAAAGUAUAUGUGUGGAACGUUGCACUAUACAGAUGUGAAUCUUGGAUACUGAAUAAAGCGGAACAAAAAUGUCUUGAAAGUUUCAAGAUGUGGUGUUGGAAAAGGAUAUUGCAAGUGAGGUGGAUGAAUGAAGAACGAAAAAAAGUAUACUAGAUGAAAUAUAUGAAACCAGGACGAUACUUAAUACGAGUGAUGCUCACCAAUAUGUUUUCAAUUAUCAAUAUCAAUUUGUUCAUAUCAAUAUUGAUAUUGAUGUAAUUUAUGAAACUAAAAAUUAUAUUAUAAUUUUUUUUUAUUUUAUUAAAAACUAUAGGUCUAAUACCUAUAGUUACCAGUAAAUUUGUAGACAAAAAAAAAGUUUUUAUAUCAUAUUAUUACAUAAAAGAAAAUAAAACAAAGUUUGUAAAUAAUAUACAAUAUUCUUUUAGAUUCUGAGUGUAGCAAAGAAUGUAUUGGUUUUACUAUAAUGUUUAUUUUUUUGUUGUUUUUAAUUUUUUUAUCCUGUACAAAAAUUUGACCUGAAAUCUUGCUCAGAUAUUUAUGCGCCGCACCAUUUCUGGAAGAAAAUGUUGUUCGGAUGGUACUAUAGGGAGGUUAUUUUUUUAUUUUCCAUGCGGUUUUCAUAAUAUCUGGGAAAAACAAGGAUAAAAUGUAAGAAAAAUGGGAAAUUCACAAAAAUAAUGCUUUUAUUAUUUGUUAUUAAUCAAUUAAAAAUAUUCAUGGGAACUUGAAAUUUGGACAGAAAACUUAUAUUUGUCUUUUCUAGACGUGGUAAAAUUUUCAAAACAUUUGGGCCAUUUUAAAGCUUUUUAUAAACUUUUUAAUUUCUCGAGUUUUGUACGUAAUUUUUAUUCAAUAGGUACUUUGUGGUAAAAUUGUUAGACUUAAUAGAAAUGCUUGAACAUUUAACAGGAGGUUCAUUAAGAGUCUUAUUUUGUGGUCAAAUAAGAAAAUUUGAGUUUAAUGUAGUAUUUUUAUUAUAAAGUAAUUUUAAUAUCAAACUUUGACAAAAAUUGUUGAGUAAAAAAUGAUGUGGAACAAAUCUAAUUUUUAAAUUUGUUUUUUUUUUUUGAACAUAUGUAUAUUGUUGAUUUAAUAAUGAUGGUGAAGUCAGAAUUGAUCGGACUGACUAAGUUUUGAAAUUAUAGCUUUUUAAAGUUCUGAUAUAAUGCGGAUAGUGUAUUUUAUUUUAAGUAACUAAAUAUUGUCUUCUCUAAAGUAUGUUUGUCGUAGCUAAAUGGUUAUACAUACCUAUUUUCAUCCUAGAGUUCGCGUGUUUUAAAAAAAAAGUUAUUUGUGUUUUCUUUUUUCCUUUCACCUAAAGAAGGAAAAAAACAAAUGCAUUUUGGGUAUACCUACAGACCUAAGCCAUCACUUGCACUAUUUUAAUCCCAAAGUACCCCUCAAUUUGUUGUGCAAACUUUUCUAUCAAAAAUCUUGUUCCAAUUUUUUAAAUGUAACUAAUUUUCUAAAAGAAAAUUUUAUCCCGAUGGUAAUUUGAGAAAAGUCAUUUUUUGAUUUUCCCAAUAAAUGGGACAAUUUGUGAAGAACUGAGAAAAAUGUACAAAAUCUUUUGUAAAAUUUAGUAAAUCUGGUUUAUUCGAAUGUUAACUCUAGGUAAUAUAAUUAAUAAUUUUUAUUUUGUCUUUAAUUCCCUCUUGGAGAUGAAACAUAGUUUAAAAAAUAGUUUUAUUUUAUAGUUCUAAGUUGUAUUAUUGUCUUGAAUGUUUACUUUAUAGUUCAUAGUACUGAUAUUGUUUUACCUGACUUAUUUUUGUUAUUCCUUGUUAUAUAUAUCUACACUAUUUACCAAAACAAUUUUAACAAUUAUAUAUUUAUGUAAUAAUUCUUCACCUACUCUAUGCCUAUCAGGUGUUUAUAAAUAAAUAAAAUAUAUUAAGAUUAUUUUUUCUGUAGACAACUUUUCUACUAGCAAUUUUGUUUUGAUUUACAAUGAUAUCUCUUUUUCUAAUAGGAAAUCUGAUUGGAAAGGUACUUUAGAAAAGUCAUUUUUCGAUUUUCCUAAGAGUUCCCAGCAAAUGUGAAAAACAUAGAAAAAUCGGUACAAUAUUAAAUAAAUAUUAUUAAAGAAAGUAUAUAAUGUCUAUUUAAUUAUUUUACCAUAAUAUGACAUAUAUAUUGUUGACAAAACAUCACUAUCAACUAAACGGCAAUCAGAAUCAUCAUUCUUUUGUUAGCAAUGGUUUGUCGUUGUUUACAGGUAUUCAUAACUUAUAUCAGUGACUACACCCGAUUCCAUUAUCCUAGAACGUCUUUUUUCUGUUAUUUAUUUUUUUACAUUUUAUUUUAUUUUAUCCCGUUUACAAAUCCUGUCAUUGAGAUAAAUGUUUAAUAUAGGACCCUUAUCGAUCAAACUAUAAAAAUAUUGUUAUUAAAUAUUAAACAACUCAAAGAAUUAUUACUUAUCGACUAUGUGUUAGUGUUUAUUGUUUUUGCUAUUAAUUAACUGUUAAAAUAAAUAGAAAAUAGAAACUCGAAUAUUGAUAACAUUGAUAUCGGUAAAAUUUGCUCGAUAUCGAUACCAUUAUACAAUAUUGUUGUGCAUCACUAUUGAAUACAAUUAGAGACAAAAUAUAGUAUAUGAUUAGACUUGGCCUAAGACACAAAGAUGAGCUUCUACAUACUAUAAUAGAAGGGAAGAUAAAUGGUAAAAGAAACCGAGGACAGUCAAGAACAUCUUUUAUCAAAAAGUUAAUGUACAAUGUAGGACUAAUAAUAAAUUACCAGGAAUUGUAGAGUUAGUUGGUACUAUAAAUAAGUGGAGGAAUUAUGGGAAACCAACCUUAGGGUUGUAUACCAAAGAAGACCAAUGUUAUUUGCCAACUUAAUUUGUUUUAAGAAUACUUAAACUAAAUUGUUGUUCAACUAUUGCUUAGCUAUUUAAGUAUUUCUUGAAUAUGUUAUCAAUAUUCUUUAAUACAUGAAAUUGAUAUUUUGAUGUUUGUGAAAUAUAGUUUACUUAGAUUUUUAAACACUAAUUCACAAUUUUACAGUUAUUGAAAAUUAUUAGUUCCUAACCUCAUUACAAAAUUGUUAAAAUUAUUGUUUAGGAACAAAAAUAUCGAAAAAAUUACUUUAGGUGUUCCUUACCUAAGUAUCUUUAAAAACUAACAGUGUAACACAACCUAACUUUAUCAUUAUUUAAGGAUAAAUUUAUCAUUAAGCAAAGUAUAGUUAAGGCGAGUUUAAAUAUGAAUUUGUGAAAAUGGGUAUUAGUUUCUUAAUCAAAGUGUCCAAUAGUUACCUAAAUAAUCGUAUUUCUAUCUAACUGUUUAAAAAAUUAUUUUAUUAUUGUUUGGAUAUUGAAGAAUGUAUAAAAAUAUCAAUUAUGAGUUACCAGUUCAUUGCUAAAAUUAUAAUUUAUAAUAUUUUUUUCACAAUCCUACAAUAUUCUCUUUUUUAUUACCUAGUAAUUAGUAAGUAUGUCAGUUUGAUAACUUUGUUUUGUUUUAGAUGCUGACUCAUUAAUUGUAAUACCAAAACAUUUUUCAACAAUAGAAAUAAUUGCAGAUUAA